UCGCCCAUUGAACGGAAGUAGUUUUCGAACGGUUUUGAAUGGACUUGUCUCUGGGGAAAUUUAACGGUCGACUGCCCCAACUUGCCGGUACAUGUCCAGCUGCAGGGUCAGGGUGAUGGUAUCAGCGGGGUGGGGCUAUAAAGAGGACCACCGGGCUGGCCGGUUUCCUGCAUCCAGAUAGCUGAUCACCGCAGCGGCACAGACCAGCGGAUGGGCGGAGGAGAGCUGCGGAGCCCCACAAAGUUACCGGUGUGGAUCAUUGAGCAUAUUUGGGCACACAAGAUGAUGGAUAUACAGGAAGUUGUUGACCUCUCCAGCUGGCCGGAUGUGGAUUCCCAACCCCUGAGCCUGGAAGACUCGUGGAGGCUGCGUGUGUCCUCUGCCCAGACAUAUGCCAUCGUGAAGACCAGGGACAUUACGAGCUUUGAGAGAGUGAUUGACUUUCUAGAAUCCACUUUCAGACUUCUUCCCACACUGGUGCCUGCCAUCAAACACAUGAAGAUCAUGUUUGGCCUCAAAACCAUGGUCAUUAUGUGGAUGCUGAAGGAGGAGAAAGGAAUGGUUGAAACUGUGUCUAAAAUUGGAGAGUUCUUCCCGAACAAACUACCUCAAUACCAAGAUCAGUGUAGCCAACGUGAAAUGUUUCUUAUGAGGAAGAACCAUGUGGACUUUAAGAGUUUGGCACAAAGUCUCGCUAUAGACAAGGCCAGACUUAAAGAUUACAUGAAGAAUCAGGUGGAGCAGCAGUUUGGGGACCGAUACGCCCAGAAGGUAGAAGACAGGCUGCUGGACUACCUGCAGGAGCUGGAAGCUGCCUUACCGGGAGAUACCUACAUUGACAAGAUCCUGCACAAACACAGUCCAGCGACCGAGGAGGAGAAGCUGCUUUUGGAGGUGAUCGCCUCGGACUCCACGACCAUCGCAGCCACUCUGAGGAAACUGCUCCACUGUGAUGCAGCUACUUGCCGUCCAGCCAGGAUUCCUCAGUCACCACAGAGUGGAAAAAAGGCGGCGGAAAUCUCUCCCCUCUUCAACCCGUUUCUGACGGCUCUUCUCAAACCAGGAGAAGGUGAAAGUGCUCCAGAGCCUCGGCCAACAACCAGCCCCCUUUUGUUGGGGAGUGACGACUCAGACUUUGAAGACCAUCAGCAGCCAGAAGAGGCGGUGAGGGGGGAGCGGGAGGAAAGUGGUGACAAACAAGAGGAACAUGCCGGUCAGAGAAGCUACAGACGUGCACAGAAAGCCGCCCCCUGCCCUCAGUUCUGCUCCAAACACCAGCGGUGGGUGAAGAGCAUCCUGUGGGAAUGUCCGGACGACUGCUCUGAGGAGCUGCUGCUUCACACCAACCUGUCCUCCUCCCCCCUCCUGUUCCCGUCCUCCUCAUCCACCUCUUCGUCACAGGACCUCACCCCCUCUGACCUGGUCCCCCUGCCCCCAGGCCAGCCGCCCUCACAGGCCUCCGGCAGCCUCCAGGCGGCGGCCGAGGCGGGUGGAUCCGGAAACCCCGGGGACGACCGGCGCCUGUCGCCCGUGGUCCGACUGGUGGACGUCGCCUCCCGCUGGAAGCUCCACCGGUCGUCCUCGGGCGGCUUUACCCCGCCGGCCGGGAAACGGGCACGCUCCGGUUCCGCUCCGCGCAGCCGCUCCUCAGGAAACGCAGAACCCACCUUCAACCCCUCAGAAACUCCCCCAGACGCGGCUCCUUCCCCUCCGGACGCCGCCCCGCCAGCCGGCCGCCGGCCCCCGUCUCGCCAGGCCUUCUCCAGACUCUCACUGAGGUCCAGAGGAGCUCGCCAAACUGCCAGAAAUGCACAGGCUGCGACGAGGAAAGCCUCAGAUGAGCGGCCUGUGAAGAAGCAGGGAGCCUUUACAACGGGCCGCACGCCUCUGGUCAGUCGUAUCCACGUGUCCGACGCUCCUGAACGCUCCGCCGCUGCCUCCCAGUCAGGCUGUAACGGGCUCCAGCCCUUUGUGAGUCUCAGUAGGAUGAGCAUAGCCAGCUGCCUACGGGCCACCGGCGGCAGGGCCCGGCCCGGGCCGGCGGAGCCCGGCCGGCCGGAGACGGAGGCCAGCUCAGACUCCUCCUUUGACAUGAACACUCUUUUCUCCAGCUACUCGUCCGGCGGCGACAGCGAGGACUCCCUACACGGCGACCCCACCUACAGGCCUAACUUAAAGAAAAGCCUCGUCCUAGAGUACGAAAGCGCAAGGUUACCCCAGUGA